UGAGCGCAGGGGAGAGUCGCGCGGCUUUAAGAGCGUCUGUUUUUCCCUCUCACUGAGCAUUUCCUCUCUCCGGCGGCGGAGCGCAGCGCUGUCACACUCACACAUCUGUGCGCGCACACACACACACGCAUCUAUACACACACGCGUGCGGAGGCUGGAGGUGUCGGAGCGGAGAAGAAACACACAGUUCCCGCAGGCGCAGUUCGGAAAUACGCUCCCGAGUCCCGGUGUCGGAUUUUACGCGUCGCUUUUUACGCGGUCAUGGAGUUACAGAAGUGGCGGUGUUGUGCGCUCGGCGCGUCCCUGCUCGCCGUGUUCAGCUCAGCCAUGGCUGCCUCUCACUAUAACUGCGACGGAUCGUUGGCAUCUGGACUGCCUGCAGCCUCUUUCCAGAGUUCUUCACAUUUCUCAGAAAGCAGGGCAGCGAACUUCGCCAGGCUGAACAGGAGAGAUGGAGGUGGUGGGUGGAGCCCGCAGUUGUCAGACAGGACACCGUGGCUGCAGCUGGACCUCAGGGCGCGCAUGGAGGUGACGGCUGUAGCCACGCAGGGCCGGCACGGCAGCCACGACUGGGCGAGCGGCUACACGCUUCUCUACAGCGACAGCGGGAGCGCCUGGAAGCAGUACAGGAACGAGGACAGGGUUGCGAGAUUGGUGGGGAACACAAAUCCCGACAGCGUGGUCUAUCACAAACUCAGCCGAGCCAUUCGAACUCGCUUUGUGAAAUUUGUUCCUCUCGAAUGGAACCCCAGUGGCAGAAUCGGGCUCAGGAUCGACGUCUACGGCUGCGCAUACAAAUCAUAUGUGGCGGAUUUCGAUGGCAGAAGCUCUCUGCUCUACCGGUUCAACCAGAAGUCCAUGAGCACGGUGAAGGACGUGAUCUCGCUGCGCUUCAAGAGCCGCCAGACCGAGGGCGUCCUGCUGCACGGCGAGGGCCAGAGAGGAGAUUAUAUCACACUGGAGCUACACCGUGGGAGACUAGCGUUACAUAUCAACCUGGAUGAUACCCGGGUGAGGUCGAGCAGCGGCCGUAUGGUGGUCACACUGGGCAGUCUGCUCGAUGACCAGCACUGGCACUCGGUGCUCAUCGAACGCUUUAACAAGCAGGUCAACUUCACCUUGGACCGACACACACAGCAUUUCAGGACCAAAGGGGACGGAGACUCUCUGGAGGUCGACUAUGAGCUCAGCUUUGGUGGGAUCCCACUCCCCGGAAAGCCCGGAACGUUCCUCAGACGGAACUUUCACGGCUGCCUGGAGAACCUCUACUACAACGGCGUGAACGUCAUCGAUCUCGCCAAGCGACGCAAGCCUCAGAUAUACACAGUGGGAAAUGUGACCUUUUCGUGCUCGGAGCCGCAGCUGGUGGCCGUUACCUUCCUGAGCUCGAGCAGCAUUCUGUCCUUUCCAGCUCCAUCUCACUCUCCAGACAGGCUCUCGGUGCGCCUGCAGUUCCGAACCUGGAAUCCCGACGGCCUGCUGCUGUCCAGCCGGCUGGCGUCCGACCCGGAACAGCAUUACCUGUUACUUCACAUCGACAGCGGCCGGCUCCGGCUCACGCACCACGCCUCGGACCUCAAAACGCUGGAAGUGUCGAUCGGUCAACGUGUGAACGAUGGUCUGUGGCACUCGGUGAGCCUCAGCAGCAGAGGUCUGCAGAUCAUCAUGACGCUGGAUAAUGAGCCAGCUUCCACCAUCCAGCUGGAGGACUACCUCGAACCAAGGGACAGUUACUACUUUGGUGGUUGUCCGGCGUCUCAAAAUGGCUCUGCUUGUAUGAACACUGUAAUGGCCUUCCAGGGCUGCAUGCGCCUCAUCCUCAUCAACAACCAACCCAUGGACCUUAUGCACAUCCAGCAAGGCAUUCUGGGAAGCUGGAAUCAAAUAGAGUUCGACAUCUGUGGCAUUCAGGACAGAUGUCUCCCUAAUUUCUGCGAAAACGGUGGGCGAUGCUCUCAGACGUGGUCUGCGUUCUACUGCGACUGCGCGGGGACGGGAUACAGCGGCUCGACGUGCCACAACUCCAUUUAUGAAGCCUCGUGUGAGGCCUACAGGCUUGCAGGAAGCACCUCGGGCUACUUCUCUGUCGAUCCCGACGGGAGUGGCCCUCUGGGUCCUAUUCAGGUCUACUGCAAUAUGACAGAGGACAAAGUAUGGACUGUGGUCCACCACAACACCACCGAGCCGGUCCGAGUCCAAGGGUCGACCCCGGAGAAACCCCACAAAGCGCACUUCGACUACGGAGCCUCACCGGAUCAACUCCGAGCGCUCGUCACACAGUCGGAAUACUGCCAGCAGACGCUGACCUAUCAGUGCAGGAGAUCUCGACUCUUCAACACAUGGGAUGGUGCCCCAUUGUCCUGGUGGUUGGAGCGUGGUGGUGAGAGGAGGACGUAUUGGGGGGGUUUACUGCCUGGCGUUCAGCACUGCGCCUGCAGUCUGGAGGAGAACUGCCUCGAUAUGAACUUCUUCUGCAACUGCGAUGCAGACCGAGACUCCUGGGAAAACGAUACGGGGCUCCUGUCCUACAAAGACGACUUACCGGUGAGCGGAAUAGUAAUAGGAGACACAAACCGAGCGAGAUCUGAAGCGGUCUACACCGUCGGACCCCUGCGAUGCUCUGGUGACAAAUCUCUGUGGAACGCUGCGUCCUUUUAUGACGAGGCUUCGUACCUGCUCUUCCCUGCUUCGCAAAUGGAGCUGUCCUUCGACGUUUCUUUCUACUUCAAGACCGGCUCGGCAUCGGGAGUCUUCGUCGAGAACGUCGGCGCACGAGACUUCAUCAGAAUCGAGCUGAGCUCCCCAUCGGUUGCCACCUUCACGUUCGAUGCGGGCUACGGGCCCACCGUGCUCAACCUGAAAUCCCCGGUGCCGCUAAACGACCGGCAGUGGCACUGGGUCCGCGCUGAGAGGAACGUCAAGGAGGCGUCGCUGCAGGUCGACCAGCUGCCUCUGCGCUUCCUGGAGUCUCCAGCGCACACGCACAUACGCCUGCAACUCAACAGCCAGCUCUUCGUAGGAGGAACCCCUUCCAGACAGAGAGGUUUCUUGGGUUGCUUGCGAGCUCUUAAUAUCAACGGCGCGGCCUUCGACCUAGACGAGCGAGCCAAGGCGACCCCAGGUGUGAGCUCGGGCUGCGCUGGUUACUGCAGCAGCUCUGCGGGCGUCUGCCACAACCGGGGCAGGUGCGUGGAGAAGAGCACCGGCUACGUUUGCGACUGCACGCACUCGGCGUACGGAGGGCCCUCCUGCAAAGAAGAGGUAUCUGUGUCCUUCGAAAGGGGAUCGUCGGUGACGUACACCUUCCAAGAACCUUUCUCGGUUAUCCAAAACCGGACAGCGCAAGUUUCCUCCUCAUCUUCUGCUUACAGCAAAUCUAGAGACAACAUGGCACUGAGUUUCCUCACAACGCAGAGUCCGGCCAUGCUGCUCACCGCCGACACCUUCACCCAGCAGUACGUCGCCGUGAUCCUCGCCCGCAACGGGAGCCUGCAGAUUUGGUAUCAGCUUUAUAAAGAGCGAAGCCCCAGCGUGUUCAGUCCAGUGCUCACUAGUCUGGCGGAUGGGAAGCUUCACCGGCUCCGACUUCACCGAGAAGGAAAAGAUGUCUAUGUCCAGGUUGAUCAAGACAAUAAAAAGUACACCCUGUCCCAGGACACGGACUUUAACUCGAUGCGAUCACUAACCCUGGGAAAAGUUACAGGAAGUGAUGCGCUGGACGAGGAAGUCGCUCAGGCAGGAUCCAAAGGGUUCGUCGGCUGCUUUUCGUCUGUUCAGUACAAUCACGUGGCUCCGCUGAAGGCAGCGCUGCUGAACCGUGGCAGCUCUCUGGUCAGCAUACGAGGUCAUUUACUCGAGUCGAACUGCGGAGCGCUGGCAGAUUUAUCAUCCUCCAAAUCACGUCUAGACCACGGGACGGAGGUGGGCACGGAUAACAAGCGGCACGAAGACGACACCCAGCGGGACUCUGCGGUAAUUGGAGGCGUGGUCACAGCUGUGGUGUUCGUCACGCUGUGCCUCCUGGCUGUGAUGGCACGCUUCCUAUACCAACACCGGCAGCUCCAAAGGAGCACCAGCAUCCAGGAGAAGGAGCACAGACGCAGCCUCGAAGCUGCCUACAGGACCGAGCUUCACUUGAACCAGUCGAUAAGGGACAGUAUGAAGGAGUACUACAUUUAACGGACAAUGAAUGCCUUGCAGCCGCCGAUCGUCCCCUCCUCUGCACGCCCCGCUGUGCGGACUUUACCUAGCGUGGACAAGAUCCUACAUGGAGCUUUCAGAGACUGUAGGGAUCUUUGGAUCUAGGUAGGUAGUAGCUAGUAGAUACCCAGCCUGUUGGCCCCCGGAAUAGCAGGUCUGGGUUGUGCUGUCUGGUGAUGGUGUUAUCAGGAGAGUCCCUGCAUUUCUUGGACAAUAUUUCUUUGAGGAAAAAAAUAUAUAUAUAUAUGAUGCAGUAUCUGGUUAUUUUUGGAGGACUUUCGGACUCUUCUCAACCCCAACAUUUAACAAAUGUCUGGACAUAUACGCUAUAUACUUCAAAAGUAUGCUCAGAAAUCCUAAUUCUUCAUUGCAAUUCCUGUUUCUUUUUCCCUGAAAAUAAUCAUGUAGAGCUAAAUAUUAUCCACGAAUGUAGGCAGAACAUGUUUCCAGAUCGGCACCGAACACGAAUGCGAGACUCGGGUCCUGGAGGUGACGUCUAGAACCUUGCAGUCUGACAAACCUGUUUUUUUGUUUUUUUUGAAAGCGGGGAUUAAAACCUUUUUACCAGUUAGUUUGGUAAAAAUGUACAUUUGAAUAUACGGUAAUGUAAAUCAUAACGUCUGCGCUAAGAAAAAAAUGAAGGAAAAAAAACUUUACUAUGUGAAAUUUCAUGCCAUUUUUCUUUUGAAACUCGACAUAACGUUUUUUUCUCUCUAAAUAUAGUCAAAGUCUAGUCAUUUGGAAACCUUCCAGCAUGUGAAAUGAAUGGUCUUGAAAGUGUUAACUGUCUGACCAAUUGGAAAUUGACGUCCUUCGGGCAAACUCGACAAAUAGAAUCAAACGAUACCAGCCUUUAAACUAGUCAUCAACUCCGGUUUAUCUUUGUAUUACCAUUAAUUCGUCUUGAAACAGUGUUUCAGGCAAUUGAUUAGUUUUUUUUUAGGUUUUCAUUUGUUUAAAAAAAACAAACAAAAAAAACCCCACCAGUCUGAAACAAUUGUACCGUAGUCUGAAGGUACUGCUGCGUUCAAUCUGGCAACCGAAUGACCGGCUUAUGUUUUUUCACACGAUCUCCACACAUAAAAAAUAUUCAAAAUCAUCUAUGACCAACUCUUAUUUAUUUAGUGUUUAUCCUUCUUUUUCUGCUUUUUUGUUCAAUGAAAGUGUCCUUUAAUAUGUUCCUCCCUGUAUUUUCUAUCUAACCCAAUAUGGAUUAUUUUAGAUGGCCUGUUUUUGUAUAAUUGUACAGCUACUGUAAAUAAAUAUAUGUUUAAUAAAAAAAAAGAGAU